UAGGGUUGGAGUUGACCUGAUCUCCUUGGCUCUAUAAAACUCCAUUCUACAGAGGUUUAUGUUGGAGAGACACGGUUAUUCGUGCGUGUUGCUGUCGGUCUGUUUACGCACCAAUUCAGCGCAUUUCCCAGCAGAGAUCACUGUGAGAGUCGGGAGGAUGACCGCUCGAGCGUACUGCUCGUUGAUAGCGGUGUUAUCGUGUCUGUCCGGAUACUGGAGCAUAACAGACGCUACUCAAGGACGAAACACAGCAAAGCCAGGAGAGUGUCCACCCCAAAUCUCUGGAAAAAGAUUGUGUACCACACUCUGUAUCAAUGACUCUAACUGCCCCUACAAUGAGAAGUGUUGCAGCAAUGGAUGUGGAUAUUACUGUACAGCUCCAUGCACAGUAAAGCCGGGUCAAUGUCCCAAGACAAACAAGAUUCCAACAUGUGCUGAAAGCUGUAUCCACGAUGGCCAGUGCCCAACCACCAGUGGCCAUUCAAGGAGUAUACCACUGGGUCCGGGAAGUAGUGUGGGAGCUGGUCAGGGGAAUGGUCAGGGAACUUCUCUAGGUCGGGCAAGUGGUCAAGUAAAAGGUCGGGGAACUAGUCAAGGCUGGGGAAAUGUUAAGGGUCGUGGCCCAGGACAGGGAGCUGGUCGUGGCCCGGGAAGUGGCCCAGGACAGGGAGCUGGUCAGGGAAGUGGAGCUGGUCCGGGAAGUGGCCCAGGCCAGGGAGCUGGUCGUGGACGGGGAGCUGGCCCAGGACAGGCAGCUGGUCGUGGCCCGGGAAGUGGCCCAGGAGUGGGAGCUGGUCGAGGACCGGGAAGUGGCCCAGGACAGGGGGCUGGUCAGGGAAGUGGCCCAGGCCAGGGAGCUGGCCCAGGACCGGGAAGUGGCCCAGGACAGGCAGCUGGUCGUAGCCAGGGAAGUGGCCCAGGAGAGGCAGCUGGUCGUGGCCCAGGCCAGGGAGCUGGUCGUGGACCGGGAAGUGGCCCAGGACAGGGGGCUGGUCAGGGAAGUGGCCCAGGCCAGGGAGCUGGCCCAGGACCGGGAAGUGGCCCAGGACAGGCAGCUGGUCGUAGCCAGGGAAGUGGCCCAGGAGAGGGAACUGGUCAGGGAAGUGGAGCUGGUCGUGGCCAGGGAAGUGGCCCAGGACAGGGAGCUGGUCGUGGCCAGGGAAGUGGCCCAGGACAGGGGGCUGGUCAGGGAAGUGGCCCAGGCCAGGGAGCUGGCCCAGGACCGGGAAGUGGCCCAGGACAGGCAGCUGGUCGUAGCCAGGGAAGUGGCCCAGGGCAGGGAGCUGGUCAGGAGCUGGUCAGGGAAGUGGAGCUGGUCCGGGAAGUGGCCCAGGCCAGGGAGCUGGUCAGGGAAGUGGAGCUGGUCCGGGAAGUGGCCCAGGCCAGGGAGCUGGUCGUGGACUGGGAGCUGGCCCAGGACCGGGAAGUGGGCCAGGACAGGCAGCUGGUCGUGGCCCGGGAAGUGGCCCAGGAGUGGGAGCUGGUCGAGGACCGGGAAGUGGCCCAGGACAGGGGGCUGGUCACGGAAGUGGCCCAGACCAGGGAGCUGGCCCAGGACCGGGAAGUGGCCCAGGACAGGGAGCUGGUCGUGGACGGGGAGCUGGCCCAGGACCGGGAAGUGGGCCAGGACAGGCAGCUGGUCGUGGCCCAGGCCAGGGAGCUGGUCGUGGCCCGGGAAGUGGCCCAGGAGUGGGAGCUGGUCGUGGCCCGGGAAGUGGCCCAGGAGUGGGAGCUGGUCGAGGACCGGGAAGUGGCCCAGGAGUGGGAGCUGGUCGAGGACCGGGAAGUGGCCCAGGAGUGGGAGCUGGUCGAGGACCGGGAAGUGGCCCAGGAGUGGGAGCUAGUCGAGGACCGGAAAGUGGCCCAGGACAGGGGGCUGGUCAGGGAAGUGGCCCAGACCAGGGAGCUGGCCCAGGACCGGGAAGUGGCCAAGGACAGGCAGCUGGUCUUAGCCAGGGAAGUGGCCCAGGAGAGGGAACUGGUCAGGGAAGUGGAGGAGCUGGUCAGGGAAGUGGAGCUGGUCCGGGAAGUGGCCCAGGCCAGGGAGCUGGUCGUGGACGGGGAGCUGGCCCAGGACCGGGAAGUGGGCCAGGACAAGCAGCUGGUCGUGGCCCAGGCCAGGGAGCUGGUCGUGGCCCGGGAAGUGGCCCAGGAGUGGGAGCUGGUCGAGGACGGGGAAGUGGCCCAGGAGUGGGAGAUGGUCGAGGACCGGGAAGUGGCCCAGGACAGGGGGCUGGUCAGGGAAGUGGCCCAGACCAGGGAGCUGGCCCAGGACCGGGAAGUGGCCCAGGACAGGCAGCUGGUCUUAGCCAGGGAAGUGGCCCAGGAGAGGGAACUGGGAAGUGGCCCAGGACAGGGAGCUGGUCAGGGACGUAGCUCAGGACAGGGAACUGGUCAUGGACAGGGAAAUGGCCCAGGACAGGGAGCUGGUCAUGGCCAGGGAAGUGGUCAUGGACAGGAAAGUGGCCAGGGAGCUGGUCGUGCCCAGGGAAGUGGCCAAGGAGAGGGAGCUGGGUAG